AUCUCAAAUAUUUUCAGCAGUGGGAGAGCAGCUCUAAUUCCUUCAGAGAUGAGAGGCUGCAGCCAUCCUUCGAGAUGUUGGGACCGGAGACCCUGCAGGCUGGCUGGGCAUUGAUGCCCCAGAUGCGAAGAGAGAGCCAACCUGUGGCCACCUCUGACCCUUCCUGAGCAAAUGACACCAGCGAGUCUGCUUCCCAGUUUUUCAUUGCUUAGCUGUCCUUGACAACCAGAAAAAUUACCUGAAGAGUUCCAGCCUGAGACCUCCUCAUGGAUGGGUUAAAUGUGACAUCAUCUGUUGUUGAGGAACCCACGAACAUCUCAACUGGCAGGAACGCCUCGGUUGGGAAUGCACAUCGGCAAAUCCCCAUCGUGCACUGGGUCAUUAUGAGCAUCUCCCCAGUGGGGUUUGUUGAGAAUGGGAUUCUCCUCUGGUUCCUGUGCUUCCGGAUGAGAAGAAAUCCCUUUACUGUCUACAUCACCCACUUGUCUAUUGCAGACAUCUCACUGCUUUUCUGUAUUUUCAUCUUGUCUAUCGACUAUGCUUUAGAUUACGAGCUUUCUUCUGGCCAUUACUACACAAUUGUCACAUUAUCAGUGACUUUUCUGUUUGGCUACAACACGGGCCUCUAUCUGCUGACGGCCAUUAGUGUGGAGAGGUGCCUGUCAGUCCUUUACCCCAUCUGGUACCGAUGCCAUCGCCCCAAGUACCAGUCGGCGUUGGUCUGUGCCCUUCUGUGGGCUCUUUCUUGCUUGGUGACCACCAUGGAGUAUGUCAUGUGCAUCGACAGAGAAGAAGAGAGUCACUCUCGAAGUGACUGCCGGGCAGUCAUCAUCUUUAUAGCCGUCCUGAGCUUCCUGGUCUUCACACCUCUCAUGCUGGUGUCCAGCACGAUCUUGGUCGUGAAGAUCCGGAAGAACACGUGGGCUUCCCAUUCCUCCAAGCUGUACAUCGUCAUCAUGGUCACCAUCAUUAUAUUCCUCAUCUUCGCCAUGCCCAUGAGACUCCUUUACCUGCUGUACUAUGAGUAUUGGUCAACCUUUGGGAACCUACACCACAUUUCCCUGCUCUUUUCCACAAUCAACAGUAGCGCCAACCCUUUCAUUUACUUCUUUGUGGGAAGCAGUAAGAAGAAACGAUUCAAGGAGUCCUUAAAAGUUGUUCUGACCAGGGCUUUCAAAGAUGAAAUGCAACCUCGGCGCCAGGAAGACAAUUGUAAUACGGUCACAGUUGAGACUGUUGUCUAAGAACUGAGAGGGAAGUUGUGGAUAACAAUGGUGGAACACAGGUCAUUUUUAGCUUGUGCUUGGAAUAUAACUUAAGUAUCUCCUAAAUGUGAUACAGAGGGACAUCUCAUCUAAUAUGUAUGAGAUACUAAUUAAUGAUGAAAUUGAACUCUUGUACUGUAUCUUCUGGAAAUGACCUGUCAUUUCUGUACUUGAUAAAGACUCUUUCUAUUUCUUUCAGCUCUUUUGGCAGCAUCUUACCAUGAACCAUAAAAAUGACUCUAGCAGGAAGAUUUACAGAUAUGUACGGGACAAGGUAACAAAAGUAUUUGUUGGAACUUGAGGAGGCAGCUUGAUGUAGCAGGAAGAACAAGGGUCACUUCCUGUGUGACCUCAGGCAAGUUGUUAAACCUCUCAGAGCCUCAUUUUCUCACUCAUAUAAUGGUCAUGGCAACAGUCUAUACCUCCUUGGUCUGCUGUGAGGAUGAAAUGAGAAGAUGAGGCUUGCAAAGCACCUGGCACAUUGUGGAUGCUCAACAAACAUCAGUCUCUCCUCACUCCCUUCAAUGGUAGACAAAAUAUAAAUUUUUGUUUCGUAAAGCGCACACACACACAUACACACAGCUCUAUCAUGUACAGAAGUUAUUAUGUGUUUUUACACAUUGAAUGUAAAUUUACGAAGGUCUUCUUUUUGCUUGCAGCAUGAAAGCUUUUCAUGGCAUUACCCCUCUAUUGAAAAACAUCGCGGAUGUUAUGAUCUAAGCAGCUAUGUGCUCGUGCAUCAUUUCAGGUUAAGAAGAAAAACAUUUGGCCACCAGUAGAGGAGUUUCUCAUGGCUUCCCUUCCCUCUGUGGGUAUACUAGAUGAAAUGAAAGUCUGUGUUUUGAAA